AUGGCCACUGCCGAUACUCUCCCAGCCCAGCAUGCUGGCGCCGGUUUAGAAGCCACUUCAGAUGCCAUCGACACAAUCAACAUGUUUAAGGGGGAAGCGCCAAACACGAUGGAGCUUAACCCAGCGUUUGACGCAGACUCGUGCUUCGACACAGAAAAGGACAAGACCGCGUUCCGGCAAUACACCGACGCAUGUGACCGAGUCAAGCACUUUUACGCCGAACAGCACGCUAAGCAAACGGUAGCACAUAACCUCGCUGCUCGCGAGUUCUUCUACUCCCCUUCUCGGCAGCGGGCGGAGAUGACCAUUUGGCAAGCCAUCGAGAAGCUCAACACACUCGUCGACGACAGUGAUCCGGACACUGAGCUCAGCCAAAUCCAACACCUCUUACAGAGCGCCGAGGCGAUCCGGCGCGACGGCAAGCCACGCUGGAUGCAGCUGAUGGGGCUGAUCCAUGACCUCGGCAAACUCAUGCUCUUCUUCGACGGCUGCUGUGCGGGCCAGUGGGAUGUGGUUGGGGAUACGUUCCCUGUCGGGUGCCGGUUUGAUGACCGGUGCAUCUACCCAGAGAAGUUUGAGUCCAACCCGGAUUUCGGGCACGAGGUGUACAGUACUCGGCACGGCAUCUAUAAGCCCGGGUGUGGCAUCAACAACCUCAUUAUGAGCUGGGGGCACGACGAAUAUUUGUACCUGGUACUCAAGGACCAGAGCACGCUGCCACCAGAGGCUCUGGCCAUGGUGCGCUUCCACUCUUUUUACCCCUGGCACAAGGAGGGCGCCUACCGGGAGUUUAUGGCGGAAGGGGAUGAAGCGUUGUUGAAUGCGGUGCAGGCGUUCAACCCGUAUGAUUUGUACAGCAAAUCGGACGAUGUGCCGAAGGUGGACGAGUUGAAGCCGUAUUAUCUUGAAUUGAUUGAUGAGUUCUUUCCUCAACGGAUUAUAAAAUGGUAG